AUGGCGGACAAGGUCGCGGCUAAGGCCCAAGAGGAAGAACAUAUCAUCAAGCCAGAGGCAACAACACCAGCCGCCAACACCAGCGACUGGCCGUUGCUGCUGAAGAACUAUGACAAGCUGCUCGUGAGGACGGGGCACUUCACACCCAUUCCCCAUGGCUGCAAGCCUCACAUGCGAGACAUCAAGAGCUACAUCUCUUCCGGUGUCAUCAACCUCGACAAGCCCUCCAACCCCUCCUCCCACGAAGUCGUCGCUUGGGUGAAGCGCAUGCUUCGCGUCGAGAAGACCGGUCACAGUGGUACCCUCGACCCUAAAGUCACAGGAUGUCUCAUCGUCUGUGUUGACCGCGCCACCCGCCUUGUCAAGUCCCAACAGGGAGCUGGAAAGGAGUAUGUUGCCGUCGUACGAUUCCACGACAAGGUCCCCGGCGGCCAGGCCGAGUUCGCGCGCGCCCUUGAGCUGCUCACCGGCUCCCUCUUCCAACGUCCUCCCCUGAUCUCCGCCGUCAAGCGACAGCUCCGUAUCCGAACAAUCUACCAGUCGAAGCUCAUCGAGUUCGACAACGACCGCCACCUCGGUGUCUUCUGGGUCAGCUGCGAGGCUGGCACCUACAUCCGAACUCUCUGUGUGCACUUGGGCCUGCUGCUCGGUGUCGGUGCGCACAUGCAGGAGCUGCGACGUGUGCGAUCUGGUGCUAUGGACGAAAACAAGGACCUGGUCACGCUGCACGAUGUGCUCGAUGCCCAGUGGCAAUACGACAACAACCGUGACGAGACAUACCUGCGAAAGGUCAUCCAGCCUCUGGAGACCCUGCUUGUCGGCUACAAGCGACUUGUCGUUAAGGACAGCGCGGUGAAUGCCAUCACCUACGGUGCCAAGCUCAUGUUGCCUGGCCUGCUGCGAUACGAGUCCGAGAUUGAACAGCAUGAAGAGUGUGUCUUGAUCACGACGAAGGGCGAGGCCAUUGCCAUUGGUAUCGCCAUGAUGUCCGCCGUCGAGAUGACAACCUGCGACCAUGGCGUUGUCGCCAAGGUCAAGCGAUGUAUCAUGGAGAGAGACUUGUACCCCCGCAGGUGGGGUCUCGGCCCUACGGCCGCAGAGAAGAAGAAGCUCAAGGCCGACGGCAAGCUUGACAAGUACGGGCGACCCAACGAGGCCACCCCUGCUAAGUGGACGGACUCGUACACCGACUACAGCGCAGCUGGUGCCGAGGCGGCCGCGGCAAAGCCCACUGAGGCUUCUGCUUCCGAGCUGCCCCAGACUGUCGCACCAGCUGCCGUCGUCGCCGCUACUCCCAAGAAGGAGGAUGGCGCUUCUGCGGACAAGAAGAGGAAGAAGCACGAUGGCGAGACCCCAGACGAGAAGGCGGAGCGCAAGCGCAGGAAGGCCGAGAAGAAGGCCAAGAAGGCCGCCAAGGGGGGAUCCAAGGAUGAUGAGGAUGACAGUGACUAA